AAUACUGCAUCUCAAAAUCACAAGUAUUUAAUGCAUACAAUAAUAAAAUCUAAAAGAAUGUAUUGAUGUAUUAAUUAAUAAGUUUCUAUCAACGGAAUGUCGUAAUUAAUUAAAACGUAUAUAAGAACAUACAUCUAUUGUUACUCGCGAAAUUUUACGCGGAUUAUUAUGUAAUCAUUCAAAUAACCGUAUGAUUAGAGAAGAUAUGAGAUUUUUAGAUAUGCCUUAAAAACGAUUGAUAAGAUAUGCAAAAUCGACUUAAUGCUAACAUUCACAGAUAAGAUAUCUUGUGGGUUCAUAAAAAACUAGCUCAGCAAAUUUUAUGCUAAAAUACGUACGUGCAUAAAUUAUAAUUCGCGAAAUAAAACAGAGUUCGCCAGAGUUCAGAUUGUUAACCACCUGAGACAGUUGAGAGUAGUGGCCAAAAAAGUUCUUUCAUAUCAAAGAAGCUCUACAAUAAAAGAAGACAAUGGCAAAACCAGUAACAACUAAUUAUGAUAUCAAAACUAAUGAAAUAUUAAACUGGAGAAAGGUCGAGAGAUCAAAACUAUGUAGUUAUCACAACAUAAAUGAUACCGAAAUGAAAAUAGUGAUGACGGCAGCAAGAAUGGAGGAAUCCUCUCGUGAAAACAUGAAAUGGAAAAAAUACUUUGGAUGGACAAAACAUAUAUCGGUAGAGCCGACCAUGUGGCUCUUCAUGAUGGCAUUUAUGUUCACAUCGGUCGUCGAGCAAGACUUCUUUAAGCAUAAAGCCUGUCGAGUGGAUCAUGGAUAUUCGGAACAAGUCUGUAUGUCAUUGAAUGAUAACAAUAAUACGGAUAUAAAGACCAAAGUACAGAUGACCGUGUCAGAAUUUCAACAAUGGAAUGACAUUGCCGGACAUCUGGUGCCUAUUAUCUUGGCGAUGUUCUACGGCAAUUGGAGUGACCGGCAUGGACGUAAAUUGCCGCUCGUCCUCGGCUUAACGGGCAAAUUUAUUUAUUCUUUUAUGAUCGUGAUUAAUUCCAUAAUGGAAACUUGGAAUGUAAACAUGAUAAUCUACACGGCAACCCUACCGAUGAGUAUAUUGGGUGGCGAUGUCGCAAUUUUUGCCAGUUGUUUCUCAUAUAUAUCGGACGUAAGCUCUAUGCAACAAAGAACCCUGAGAAUUACGAUUUUGGAUGUCGUUUAUCUCAGUACUAUGCCUUCAGGAGUUGCACUUGGAUCUUACGUGUUCAAUCGAGUGGUUAACAAGUCCUAUACGAUUAUGUUCGCUGUAAACGCAACCUUGCUCUUGCUGGCAAUUGUGUACUCGUUUAUAUGGCUCAAAUGGCGAACUUCACCACAACAACAAAUGCUUUCGGAUACUAAUUGGCUGCUGGAUUUCUUCGAUGUAAAGCAUAUCUCUACGACGGUGCGAACGUUAGUGAAGAAGAGACAGAAUCACGGCAAAUUACACCUAUGGUUACUUCUUCUCGCGAUGUGCCUAUAUACGUUUCAGAGAGACGAAAAGCCCAAGAGUCAAAUGUAUACUUCACUGAUCUUUAAAUGGGACGUGACGGAUUUUAGCAAUUUUAAAACAUUUCAAUCAACUCUCUUCGUAUUAGCAAUGUUGAUUGGAGUGCCUAUUAUGAGUAAAUUAAUGGGAAUGAGGGAUGUUUUCAUCGUAGCGGUUGGAACAAUAGCACAUGCAUCUGGAAGAAUAGUAUUUAUUUUAGCAAAACGACCAGAACUAUUUUAUGUGGGUGCUACUGUCGCCGCUUUAGGUCCAGUAGUAGCUCCGGUACUUAGAUCUAUGACUUCGAAACUUGUGCCUAUAGAGGAGCGAGGAAAAGUAUUCGCGAUGCUUUCUGUAUGCGAUAACGCGGUCCCGCUAUUUAGUGGCAGCUUAUAUUCCCAACUUUACAACGCCACAAUAAAGACAGCACCAAAUUCAUUUUAUUGGUUAACGUUUGCUACGCAGAUUGCCGUGCUUUUGUUAAUUCUGUAAGUAAAUUAUAAUUUU